GUCAGAUAGUCGAGAGCGCGCGGAUUCCCGCAAGCUGGUUUUGAUUCGAUCACGACUCUCUCAGUGGUGCCGCCGUCCCUUGAUCCAGUAACUAGGGGGAACAAUCUCUCUCUCCCUCUUUAAACUCAACCCUCUGUUUUAACAUCAAAGUGGCAUCACAGGAAACAACAAUAGUCUCUCACUUUUUCAGUUUUACAGGCCUACACUGCACCUUUUAAUUUCUAUACACACACAAGGGGCAAUUAUCUUGCUUCCCGCCGUUUUAAAUUGCACUUUCCCGUAUCGUUUGCCACUGGGCGUCAUCGUAAAUAGGAAUAUUGUUCUGACGAAAGGAGAUCCUUGACGAGAUUCUUGUUCGAUUGACUUCCACGACGAUGUCGAGCACGAAAAAGUUACUCAAGAUGAGCUUGAGAAGGACGAUGACGGUGUUGAUGCAUCUCAUGAUGAUGGGGUUGGUGCUUGUUGGAGCAUCGAGUGAAGAGGAUGACGACGACGAUGAGGUCGCAAUGGGAACGAUGUUUUUGGAAUCAUUCGGUUACAUGAAGAAGCACGACCCAAACCAUUUAGUCACCAGAGAGGAGUUACGUCCUUACGUCGCUAAAAUGCAGUCCUUCUACAACCUUCCCGUGACAUCGGAGCUCGAUGCCGAGACGGUGGCGGCGAUCAAACGACCACGAUGCGGGGUCAGCGACCUCAGCGUGACCGAGAGCGAGUUAAACGGUGAGCCCGGGACCCUGUACAGCAACAACGACAAGUACAGUCUGUUCGUGUACGCGAAGAGGAAAAAGAGAUACGUCUUGUCAGGAGCGAGCUGGGGAAGAACGACUAUUACAUUCACAUUUGAUAACUACACACCGGACCUACCGAUGAACCAAGUACGGAGGGAGGUUCUGAGAGGCCUCAAGGUCUGGAGUGACGUCACACCCUUAAAGUUCCAAGAGCUCCGCUAUGGUAUGGGGGAACCGGACAUCCACAUUCAAUUCGCUGCCCAGGAACACAACGACGAAUACCCGUUCGAUGGCCAAGGAGGUACCCUCGCCCACGCCUUCUACCCCGGCCCUGGUCUUGGUGGAGACGCUCAUUUCGACGAAGACGAACAAUUUACUGCUGGAACCUCCGAGGGAACGAAUUUGUUUUUUGUGGCUGCGCACGAACUUGGACACAGCUUAGGAUUGGGUCAUUCAGACGUAUCUGGCUCGUUGAUGGCGCCCUACUAUCAAGGAUUUCAACCAAACUUCCGAUUGCACGAGGAUGAUAUGAUGGCUAUACAGGAAAUAUACGGUCCCAACCCUAACCCACCGGUCCCCACUCAAGGAUACUACCCUGGACAGGGACCAAAUCCUACCUCGUACCCCGGUGCUGGUGGUGGCUGGGGCGGCGGUGGCGGUGGUGGUGGUGGCGGUGGUGGUGGCGGAGCAGGUGCUAAUUACUGUUCCAUGAGCUUUGGCGCCGUUGCAAAUCUAAGAGGCGAGCUGUAUACCUUCUCGGGUGCUCUCAUGUGGCGAUUCCGUAAUAGUCAGUUAGUUCAGGGUUAUCCAGUGCGUACAUCAGCGUUCUUCAGGGGCGCACCAAGUAAUAUUGAUGCAAUUUUUGAAAAGCCUGGCGGCACCACAGUCAUGAUAAAAGGUUCACGUUACUGGGAGUACAGCGGUGUGAACCUCAAGCCAGGUUUCCCUCGCUCCCUGGGUAGGAUGGGUCUGUCCAACGGUAUCUCCGCGGCAUUUUCCUGGCCUCAGGACAGGAUGAUCUACAUCUUCGGCGGCGAAGACUACUGGGGCAUGUAUAACUACAGACAACGAGUAGAUAACAACGAGUACCCCAGGAAUGUCCUGGAGGAUAUACCUGGGCUACCGCUUGGCAUUGAUGCCGCAUUUUCUUCCAAAACGGCUUCCUAUUUUGUACGAGGUGCUCAGUACUGGCGUUACGACCAUAGCUCUGGCUCUCUAAGUCAAGGUUUCCCUCGCAAUUUCCACAACGACUGGCUCGGGUGUGGAAAACCACAACUUCUUGUCGAGAGCGCUGCUUCCAAGUCAGGCGGAGAGGGCGCUAGUAACGCGCAGGUUCUCAACUUCCAACCAAUGACGAUCGCGCUUUCGGUUUUGGCGGCAAUGCUGUCACAGCUUUUUAUACUGAACUUUCAACGUAUAUGAUGUCGUCUGCUUAACUUCCAAUGAACCUUUAACAUGUGAUGAAUUUCAUAUUAUUGAUUGUUUGAAUAUAAUGUGUUUGAAGCUGUGCAAGUCAUAUCACUGUUCAUAUAAAGACAACUUUUUAGUGGGGAGAUUCAUGAAUGAUGACUGUUCGAAGCCGAAUUAGUUAGUUAUUCAAAAGUGAAUAAAUAUUCCAACAGUCUGGGAUUCGUUAUGAUGAUAUCGAUACCACUAAUUUUAUUUUGGUACACAGACCCUUUACAUAGCCUGUUUCAAAUACACUUCUUGCAUUUAACAAUUUAAAUAGACCUAUAUAUUUUGUUGUUGUUGUUGAUUUAAAGAGGUUUCAUAAAUAAAUAUAAAGUAUGACUUCGUUAAAACUGAUUUAAUGCAAGGUUAGAUAAAUUCUUUGCAAUGAAAAAUGCUUAGAUGAAAAUAACUGCAUAAAACUGUUUCGUCGGAUAAUGUUCAUUUGCAAAUACAUGCAGUACGUCUUAAAUCCGCUUAUGCGCUACAUCAAUUAUAACACAUUAUCUAUCUAUGCAAUAUACAAACGAAUGUAUUUCAUGAGAAUCAUGUGCUACGUUUGGAAUUCAUUUAUGACAGUACUUCCAAUAAAACAUCACUAUAUUACAAAAAUGUCAAUAGAUACUUGGCAAGAGAAGCAGAUUAUCUCUAUUUCAAAAGUAUUUAUCUUUUGUUUUCUUCAGGUUGUAAAUAUUUCACUAUGAUUCCUAUUCACUUCACACAUGAUAUAAAUGAUAUUGAAAAUUGAGGUGCAACAACCCUGCUAAUGCUUUAAAGGAAUAUAUUGUCACUGCAAUGAAGAUUGCAUUCUGGAGGAGAUGAUUGAUUAUGCCAUAAUAUGAUUGAAAAGAAAAACAGUGGCGAGCUUGAAAUUAUUGUGAUGAGGAUUUGAAAUUGUAUUUGAAAACAAAAAAAUGUGUGACUUCAUUAUGUAUCAAAGAGAAUAUAUUGUAUAAAUUACUGUCUUUCACCCGAUUUAAAUAAAAAUACGUUUAUGCACCAUA